AUGGCGCCUUCACUCCAAAUCUCGAUCCCGACGACGUCAACCGGCGAGGAAGACGGCAAGAAAUACACCCUCUACCAUGUCCAACUAGCCCUCCCCAUCCGCACUCAUGAGACCCGCAAACGCUACUCGGACUUCACCUCCCUGCACGACACGCUCGUCUCUCAAACCGGCGCUGCUCCUCCUAGCCCUCUACCGCCAAAAUCCUGGCUGCGUCGCACUGUCGAUAAUCCCGCUUUGACCGAACAACGACGCCGUGGUCUCGAAGCCUACGUGCGUGCGAUCCUCGAUGCCCAAGAUGCACGCUGGCGCUCCUCGACCGUCUGGCGCCAUUUCCUCGGCCUCCCCAAUAAUGCCUCUCAAGCAAAAAUCAAGCAACAAAAUGACAGUGUUACCGAUCCGGCAGCGUGGCUGGAUCUACACAGAGAUGUGAAGAGCCAGUUGCACGAUGCGCGCCAACUGCUCAAGAAGCGAGAUCAAGCAGCCACUGCCCAGGAACAACACGCCAUCUCCGCANACCGCAAAGCUGCCUUGGUGCGCGCAGCCACCGGGCUGGCGAGACUGGACGACGCACUCACCAAGACAGCCACAAAAACAAAAGAUGAAGAUGACGGCGGUUGGGGUCAGGCCUCCCGCCUGGGCGAAGGAGAAAUUCGAAGGAGAAGAGACAUGCUGGGGCUCGCGCGCACAGAGACAGAAUCACUGGAGUCCAACCUCAAGUCUUUGGUCGUCAAACCGCAGGGAAGCAUGUUGAGCGCCUCUUCGGGGGCUGCUGCUGCGACUGAUAGCGAUAAACGCGCGCUUUGGGGUGAUGCACCCUCGACAAGGAGCUCCAGACGUGUACUGGGUGGUCCUGCACAAGAGACAGACAAGACUCGUGAAUUGGACAAUGGUGGUGUGCUGCAGUUGCAAAAACGCAUCAUGGGGGAGCAAGAGCAAGAUGUGCUUGAAAUUGGCAAAGCCGUGACGAGAAUGAAGGAGAUGGGCAUCAUGAUCAACGAAGAGUUGGUCGUACAGAACGAAAUGUUGGGAAUGCUAGACACAGACGUGGAUCGUGUGCAAGGCAAGAUCGACAUUGCAAAGAAGAGGAUCAAGAAGAUCAAUUAG